CGAAACACCGAAAUUGGUGGCCAACAUCAACACUGUUUGUUUUGUUUGUUACUCACACAAACAACAACGACAAUACUGAUCAUCAAGCUAUGUAAAUACACACGUAUAUGUAUGGAUAUGUGGCCAAAAUUAUGCUUUUGGUUUUUGUAUGUCAGAUGGGUGGCUCUGCUUGCUGGUGGGGACGUGUUGGCUUUACUUUUUUUCUCCGCAAUCGGAAGGUUGAGCUGGGUUUUCUGUUUUUGACACUCAAACCCUAGGCAUCACUGACCCUUUUAUACCUGGUAUAUGUGUGUGAUUGUUGUUUGAUUUUUUUUUUUUUUGGGCAUAAAUUUGAUGAAUUGUAUUGUAGUUCUUGUUUCUCGAAAACUCUGAAUGCGUAGAUUUGGCAUUUGGUAUUCAACAGGAUGGAUUUUGGGUGCUUAUUUCCUUGGGGAUUAUGGGGAGGAUGGCCGAGGAAUGAAUGGUUUCUCUAAGGCUGUUAUUGCUGCUGCCAAAUCUUGGUCUUUGGGUAUUCCAGUGGGAAUGACGAUAAGGGCAGCAACAGUAGGCCAUAUUCCGCCACCUAGCUUUAUCCUAGUAACCCUGGGAAGCACUGCUUUUUUACUUAUUGGAUGGAGAGCACUAUUGUUCAGCAUUCUCCCUGAUGAUACAAGCAAGGUGGAUGGUGACGAGAAGGAUGGCGUUGUCAUGAAGGAUGGCGUCGAGAAGGAUGGUGUCGACAAGCAUGACAAGCCAUUUGAUCUGUUUGAGUCGAUCACGUCUUUUGUUCAACAGGUGGUGAAAUAGUGGUCAUCUGUGUUCCUGAAUGAGUUUUUGACUGUAUGCAAGAAGGUCAUUGUUGUACUUGCAGGUAGCAACAAUUGUAACCAGUGAAAAAAAUUCUCAGAUGUCCUUUUUAUUUAUUUAUUUAUUUUUAUUUUAUGGUUUUUGAUA